CGGACGUACCUUGAGACAACCAUGAAGCUUGUGCCGGAGCCGCGGUCCUCACAAUAUUAGUCCGUUAGACCAACUCACUAGGACCAACGGAUCAUCGACGGCCUAGUCCAUCUUUUUCCCCUUUUUACCCUUUAGGUUCCCAUCACAGUUCUGUUUUUUUUUCCUGUGCUGUCUCUGCAUGCUUCAACUGAUCAGCGAAAUCCACCAAGCAUUCGAGCGAAUAGUGUUGAGGCCCUGAGUUCUCUGAAGCCGUCGUCGAGGUGUUUGGCCCCGCCGCGGAGCUUCACACAGCAAAUCCGGCUCCGGCAAGUGUUUAUCGCCGUAUCGCUCUCGGUGGACACCACAAACUCGCUGGAGCACACACAACUGCCGUGGACCUCAUCAACACAUUUUCCCUCGUUCAAUGAGAGCGCCGCGGCCGCAGAUCGAGGCGGCGCAUAUCAUUCCGCCAGCGCGCCAGUUCCCGCAAAGAUGCCGUAUUUUUCGAUGUUGAGGAGGACGCCCCGGAGGCGGAACUCGGAAUUCGCCAAGCCGGCAGACGCCACCGUUGUCACCGUUACCGAAGAUGUCUUGGGGGGAACAGGGAAUGCUGUUGCUGAAGGAUUGGGGUUGGGGGGAGGAAGGGGGGGAGGGGGACAUGGAGGCGGCGGCCGAUUUGGGGGGCUUGGCUUGGGGUUGACAUUCAACAACAGCGACAAAACAAACAACAACACCAGCACUUCCACUUUCAACAGCAACGAGAGUUCACGACGGACUUCGAUUGACGGAAAUGACAAUGGACGGGAUAUCCAGACGACAACGAAUGAGAAGAAGAAGGAGAGGCGCGGGUCGAGACGAGAGCUCUUUCUGCAGGACAUCCGCAGUCGACUAUGCGGGAAGCUGCCACCCUCCUCCAACAAUACCUCGUCUCCUUCCUCAGGCACAUCGACCCCUCACCAGGAAAGUCCCAAAGUUCCGCGGGGAAGAGCUGCAUCACAGCCUCCAAUCCCGAUCUCUCAAUACCGGGAAGGAGGAGAAGGACGAGGAGGGGAACAGAGAGGGGAAAGACAAGGCAUGGGAACCAUUCGAGAAGCUGUAAGUAAAACACUUGCCCUCAUUAUCAUUCAGUCAAGUUCAGAUUCUUAUUCAAACCUCUUUUUCUCUUUCAGUGGUGCUGCAUCCAAACUCCUCCUCCACUAACACUCCGAUCACCAACAACCUCAACAGUUCCAUCACCAAUUUUAGAGAUCUACACGCCAAAGUCACCAUCGGCGCACACGCCAUUAUCACCACGCU